CUCAGCAGAUACCCAGCAGAAAACCUCUUCAGUUCAUAGUGACGUUAAUAGUCACGAUACCGUCAAUGAAGCGAUCGCUAAUAUUACUUACAAUUGUUUCCUUUUCACUCGGCGUAAAAUUCGGACCCCAGCGCGCGCUGCAGCAGAGGAGCGGGAAUCAGUGGAGAGCGCAGCAGGGCCAGGGGCAGACGAGGCAGUUGAGGACGCCGUGCCCCUGCCGCCGGCCGUGCGAUAUCCCUACCCGUGCGAUUCAGCCACCACAGCAUUGGCCAUGCGCCGCUUUGAGCGGGUGCUCCUCGGCUGUGCGCGAGAGCCGGCCGCUGCGGCGGAUGGUAUGUCAGCCAGCAGCGGCACCGGCGGCGCGGCCGCCAGCAGCAGCAGCAGUGCGCCUGGUAGCAGCAGCAGCGGCGGGGCUGGGCGAGGCAUGUGCCUGCAGUUGGUGUCGCCGCUGCCUGUGGGCCAGCGGUGCGCGUGCGGCCAGCCAUACGAAGCGCGCAAGGUGCCCGUAAUGACCACGGUGUAUGGCCCGGACACCAUCUUCCCUGUGCGUGCCCAGCAGCUCUACGAGCUGCACUCUGGCUGCUGUGCGUGCCGGGGCUGCGUGGUGGCGUACAAUGGCGUGCAGGAUAGGCUGUUCCGCUACAGCAGCCGCUCCUUCCUCAGUCUCCGCCACUUGUACAACUUUGUGGACCAGCUCAUCGGCAGCGGCAUCAAUGUGGAGGCCUACGUCAACUCGCAGCGGCUUUGAGGCCGCGCCCCUUAGUGACGCCAUCGGCAUGCGUGCGCACAAGCGUGCGCACAAGCGUGUGGAUCGGUGCUGGUGCUCGGAGAAGAAGGGGAGUGCGGCGGUGCGGGGCUUCAGCAGCGCUCUGCGGGGCGAUGGCAGGGACGUGUACGGUCAGAGCGUACCGAGCUGGGUGGCAGCGGCGGACAGCGCCAAGCAGCACAGCUCGCCAGCGGCACUGGGCGCCUUGAAUGAGAGCGUACCGGAGGCCGACCGCAGUGCCAGCCUUACCGUCGUGUUCAUGCGCGUUGUCUCAGGCGCCGCUAAUGCUGUGGGUGGCGCCCAGGCUCCUCGGCUCGCGGUCGCCUGGUCGAUUGCAUGGCCAGCACAGCACCGACGAAUGCGUAUCUGCCGCGCGUGUACACCACGGCCGCCAGUGCGUGCGCGGAUGUGGUCGAGAGCCAGCAGCACCACCAGCCGCAUACAAUCGCACCGGCGCUGGGCACCCAGCCGAAGGUGGUGGCGGACGGCGCGCCUGUCCUGUUGGAGGCGCUUGCUGUGCUUAAACGGCAUGCACCACUCGUUACGGCCGAUGCCAUGCGGCCUGUUGCCACGGUGCUGCGCAAGCUGUGCCAGCUGGCGAUCUUGUGCAGGUCGGGGUUUGAUGGCAGGCCGUGUGUCAGCUUGCCUGGCCCGGCAUCAGCAGAGACAGAUGAGUGCCUGCGCUCAGCACACUGGUGCGGGCUUUGGGUUUGUGCGGCCACGGUAUGAGUCGGGCAUGGACAAGAGAAGCGGGCUGGCGGGGGUGGAUCCUGCACGCACAACUUCAGCGCGCGGGGCCCACGGACUGGCGGGAUCUUCACCGUGUUUUGUGAGCAUGGGGUGUGCUAUGCAUCCUUUAUGCUGCCGUGCGCGGAAGGGCGGAAUGAGAUGUACAGCUGGAUGGUGUCGUACCUAGAGCGCGCGCCAGUGGUGGUGGUCUACGACUUUGCAUGCAGCCUGCACGACUACUGCGU